GCGGGCAGAGGCUGAAGUCUGCAGGUCGACCUUUUCCUGGAGUUAUCCUAGAGGCGUGGGAAAAGUGAGAGGAGGGAGGCUACCUGGACUUGGCUGGGGGGGGGGGGGAGAAACGGUUGCUGGGCAGGAAAGGGGGAACCAAAGAGCUGCGGAACGGAAGGUGCUUGCUGCUUGCAAGCUGCGGGCGCAGACGAGCCAGCUGCACCAGCUGUGGUUGCACUUUCUGCUGGGGAAGAGGAGAAUGGAGUCCCUGCAUGUCCUGGAGCUCUAUAGUGGCAUUGGAGGAAUGCACCAGGCACUGAAAGAAGUGCAAUUGCACUAGGACUCCUUAGCUACUGGCCAGGGAUGAGCGACUCUGAUCACGGCCCGGCCACGGGCGACGAGGACGGCGGGGAACCUGAGGAGGAAGAGGAAGAGGAAGAGGAGGAAGCUGCUGCCGGAGAUGGAGACCCGGCGCAGGGGAGCCGGAAAGCCCGGGGAGGCCGGAAGGCCCGGGGUAGGCCGCGGCUCACGGAGUCCGACCGAGCCCAGCGCCGCCUCGAGUCCCGGAAGAAAUACGACAUGCGGCGCGUCUACCUGGGCGAGUCCCACGGCCCCUGGUCGAACCUGAGGCAGCGCAGCGGCUGGAGCGACGCCAAGCUGGCCGCGUACUUGCUGGGACUGGAACGGGAACAGCGGGCCGGGCGCCGAGGGAAACUCUGGGAGCAGCUGCCGUACGAGCCGCAAAGGAAGAAGCGAAGGCGGCGGAACGUGAACUGCCUGAAGAACGUCGUCAUCUGGUACGAAGACCACAAAAACCGCUGUCCCUAUGAGCCCCACCUCUCCGAGCUGGACCCCACCUUUGAGAUGUACACAACGGCCGUGUGGCAGUGCGAAGCGGGCCACCGCUAUUUCCAGGACUUGCACUCGCCUCUCAAGCCGCUCAGCGACUCUGAGAACGAGGGCGGCCAUGCCGGAAGCUGCGGGAAUUCCGACGAGAGCUCCGGUUCAGAGGCCGAAGAGCGGUCAGAGGGCCGGACGCAGCGGCAGCCGACAGAAAAUAAGGAGGGCGAGAACGCCAGCGGGCUCAUCACUCGGGACGGCAUCCACAUUCCGUUUGAGCACCAUAUUGAGAACCUGGCGUCAGAGCAGGGGCCUGGCGUGUGCCCACCCCUCGGCGGCCCACAGACCAUGGAAACUGUGGUGUGCGUUCCGGUGCCGGUGCAGAUGAGUUCGGGCCACGGGACUCUCUUUGACAACGUGACGCCAGAGACGCUUAGUGAGGUGGUGGCCAGCUGUCCCGUCCAGGGUGUGGCGCAGGGCUCACAGGUGAUCAUCAUCGCCGGGCCUGGCUAUGAUGCCCUCACGGCCGAGGGCAUCCAGCUGAACGUCACCAGCGCGGGCGCAGAGGAGCUGCCCUGCGCCAUGAUUGAGGGCGUGGCGGCGGCCUACGCUCAGAUGGAGCCCGGGAACGGACAGCCCAGUGGCAUGGAGAGUGUGGAAUACAUCGAAACCAAACGAGAAGACGAGGAGCUUUUGGAGCUCAAAAAGGAGGAGACGCAGCCCCCGGCGGAAAUAAGGACGCCCUGUGACCCAGAGCCAGACCCUGAGAGUGGGGGGCUGGAAGCAGAGGAGGAGACCGAGGGCAUCAACAUGUCCUCCAUCAUCUACGAGAUUCCAAAGGAGCCCGAGAAGAGACGGAGGAGCAAAAGGGGCCGUGUGAUGGACGCCGACGGCAUGCUGGAGAUGUUCCACUGCCCCUACGAAGGGUGCACCCAGGUGUACGUAGCACUUAGCAGUUUCCAGAACCACGUUAACCUCGUCCACCGGAAGGGGAAGACGAAGGUGUGUCCCCACCCAGGUUGCGGCAAGAAGUUCUACCUGUCCAACCAUCUUCGGAGGCACAUGAUCAUCCACUCCGGAGUCCGCGAAUUCACCUGCGAGACCUGCGGCAAAUCCUUCAAGCGCAAGAACCACCUCGAAGUCCACCGCCGGACGCACACAGGGGAGACGCCGCUCCAGUGCGAGAUCUGCGGUUACCAGUGCCGGCAGCGAGCGUCUCUCAACUGGCACAUGAAGAAACACACCUCGGAGGCCCAGUACAACUUCACUUGCGAGCACUGCGGAAAGCGCUUUGAGAAACUGGACAGCGUCAAGUUCCACAAGCUAAAGAGCCACCCGGAUCACAAAGCUGCCUGAUCCAGAUUGUAUUUAUUUAUUAUUGCCUCAUUAUAGGUUCCCAGCCAACGGAGGGCACUUCUUUGCACAUUCACAGCUGGAGAUGUGAUGUGUGCUACCUGCAGCAGAGAAUUGCAUCCCAUAAUCCAGGGGUAGGCAAACUAAGGCCCGGGGGCCGGAUGCGGCCCAGUUGCCAUCUCAUUCUAGCCCACGGACAGUCCAGGAAUCAGCGUGUUUUUACAUGUGCUUUUAUUUAAAAUGCAUUUCUGGGUUAUUUGUGGGGCCUGUCUGGUGUUUUUACAUGAGUAGAAUGUGUGCUCUUAUUUCAAAUGCAUCUCUGAGUUAUUUGUGGGGCAUAGAAAUUCGUUCAUUUAUAUAUUUUUUUCAAAGUAUAGUCUGGCCAACCACACGGUGUGAGGGACGGUGGACCGGCCCACGGCUGAAAAAGCUUGCUGACCCCUGAGUGUGGCGUGCAUCGGCUUUUUAAGAGCAGAUGGUGACAGACUUCAAGUUUUUGUUCUGUUGUGCAGGUGUUCUCAGGUAUCGGGGUGGAGCGGUGGGGAAUUGUUCAAAACAGCAUCAGAUCUGGAGAUUGUGCUGCUACAGCUCUCCACGAGAGGGGAAAUGAUGUUGUAUUAAUAGACAAGAAGAAUCUUAGCCAAUUAAACUACCAGUACAGUGGUACCCCGGGUUACAUACGCUUCAGGUUACAGACGCUUCAGGUUACAAAUUCCGCUAACCCAGAAAUAGUACCUCGGGUUAAGAACUUUGCUUCAGGAUGAGAACAGAAAUCGUGCGGCGGCAGCAGGAGGCCCCAUUAGCUAAAGUGGUGCUUCAGGUUAAAAACAGUUUCAGGUUAAUUACAGACCUCCAGAACGAAUCAAGCACCAUAUUUUUUGCUCUAUAAGAUGCACCAGACCAUAAGAUGCACCUAGUUUUUGGAGGAGGAAAACAAGGGAAAAAAUAUUCUGAAUCUCAGAAGCCAGAACAGCACGAGGGAUCGCUGCACAGUGAAAGCAGCAAUCCCUCUUGCUGUUCUGGCUUCUGGGAUAGCUGCGCAGCCUGCAUUCGCUCCGUAAGACGCACACACAUUUCCCCAUACUUUUUAGGAGGGAAAAAGUGAGUCUUAUAGAGCAAAAAAUACGGUACGUAACCAGAGGUACCACUGUACUUUGUUUACUGCUAAACAGCACCUUUGUUGUCUGGCAAUUUGAUGCUUGGGUCUGAGGUAGGAGGGUCCAUUAGCCUACCACUACAGUGGUACCUCGGGUUACAGACGCUUCAGGUUACAGACUCCGCUAACCCAGAAAUAGUACCUCAGGUUAAGAACUUUGCUUCAGGAUGAGAACAGAAAUUGCGCAGCAGCGGCGUGGCGGCGGCAGGAGGCCCCAUUAGCUAAAGUGGUGCUUCAGGUUAAGAACAGUUUCAGGUUAA